CCAAAAUAAACAUUUUGAUAAGAUUGCAUUUCGUUAAUUAAAAUUCCUCUACAAAUAAAAUAUAUUUAAAAAGUGUAUAAAAAUUACAGUUUUGAAGCAUAUAUGCCGCCCGCAAUGCAGCGUCAGCAGCAGAAUCUUAAUUAUUAUGGAGCAACGCAAAUUAAAGAAUUCGGUAUGUUCCUGGAAGAUUACGACAUUCGAUUGCAGAGCUUCGCCUCCUCUUGUGAUGCUGCCAACCUGGUCAUGCCGACUUCCACAACGGUUUCGGUCAUACUAGAUACUUCCAGAGAGAGCCUUAGCUGUAUUCAGUUGAUUGAUACUGAAAACAAAAUUUUGAACAAGAUACUUUACUCGUUCAGUGCCCUCUGCCAAGAAGUAGAUUCCUUGCGACUCGAGUUCGAGGACAUUUUACGUGAAUUCAUCUGUUUUGAUGAAUCCCUAGAUGACGAGACAAACCAGCUACACGAGGACAGUGUGGUGGCUGUGAAUAAAUCUUCUCUGUUGGCCAUCGGGGGGAAAUUGGAGCUGUUGACUCGAAUUAAAUGCUACUUCGAGCGAAUCAUUGAAGUAGCCGUUGUUCUUGUGUUGCAAUUUGGAGCUCUUUUUGAUCCUAGCAAUAAGAUUGGACAUCUGAACCAUACCAACUGGGACAUGGACGUUUUGUUCGUUUAUCUUGCCGAUUUAAUCUUCAUGCCCUUGGCGUUCGACGUUAUUCUGGAAAAAUCAAUUUUUAAAACCUAUUGGAAGUUUUACGUAAAGCAAAUAAAAGCACUAAAAUUAAACCCAAAAAAGCUGACCAAACCCUUGAAGACUGACCAAAUCAACGAUCUGGUGAAAGUUAUAGACGAAAUAUCCAUCUGGCUGGAUGAAAAUGCAUACAAGCACAUGUUAGAGGCACUGUUCAAUGCCAAACAAAAGCUAGUUAUUGAAUCAGCCAAUAUACUUUCGGGUAAAUUUCUACGGUAUCUAAAGCAAAAGGUAUCGGAAGUCAGCGCGUACAGCGCUACGAUUUCAAGCCUUGACGAAACUGAAGCCGUCAUCAAAUUGAAUGGUAUGGUCAAUCUUUACCAUUACAUUUUUGUCAGUAUCGAUAACAAAAUUUUGAAAAACUUGGGCGAUAUCAAUGAAAAGUUUUGUAGCAUUCCUCUGAUAGGUAAAACUAUGUGGAUACCUGAUAACUUUUUUCGUAAAUAUGGUCAUAAAACAAUCCGCGACUGUGAUAAAACGGACUAUCGAAAAGUUCGGGAGAUAUAUUUGAUUCAACGAGAAAAAAGUUUAUCAAAAGAUAUUUUGGGAUAUUGCAUUCAGAUCAGCAGCUGGUUAAUCCGAGCGAGUGCGGCCUUUAAAACUACCAAACAUGACACGACUUUGGAAUCGCUACGCGCGAAAUGCGGUCUUAUUUUCGAAGGGGUCAAAUACGCCCAGGAAGUGAGCUUUCUCAUCCAAUCGGUGACAUCAUUGCAUUUGUUUAUGCAACAAUCCAUUAGACAGCAUAUUUUCCAAGCGAUUGGAAAAUUGUUGGAAUAUCUCCAGUGCGUGCAUAACUUUUUCAACGUGAAUCAACAGGCAAUUGUUGAAUCGGACCAGUUUAUCAUCCAACAAUUGCAACAUAAGGUGUUCGUCAUCAUUGGCCAUUCGAAGAAAAAACUGAUAAACGAAGCCAAACAAGCCAAAGUUAAAAAGAGCGAAAUUUGCAUUGACAAAUUAUCUGCAUUUCACGUGAUCGAGCGAUGCAUGAGUGGACCCGCCAAUCGUACGCGACUCACCAUCGUUCGCUUGGCGCUUAGCAUAAGUGAUCCUAAACAAACGCUAACGCCAGACAGCUACGAUAAAGUGUGCAUUCUGCUCGAUCAAUUGGAUACCCUCUCCAAUCUGGACGUAAAACUGAAAAAGUUGUGUGACAUUCAGUAUCUUUACUGGCAUCAGACGUUUUUUGCAUCCUAUGUUUCAGAUUUUUACGACAAAAGUUUCGCGCAGAAUAAUCUUAAAUAUCUUGCUCAGAUGGCUGCUACUGGUAGAAGUACCGUAUCAGCAACCGCGGCCGAUGAUGAUACCAUUCAGAGGGCUGUUACUAAAGUAGCAAAAAAUCAGAGGCACGUUUUCAGUGAGAAACUUAUGAACCGUAUCAGCAAUCAUAUUGAAUCCUAUAUUCGACUAGAUUACUAUGGCAAAACUUCUCAGAUCGAGCCAUUCAAUCCAUUUCACGACACCACGAUGCCUUUGAACAAUAUUCAUUCGCUAGUACGAAUGGAACCGACCAUCAUCGGCGGACAUUAUCUCAGCGUAAAGGAACAUGUGAAACGUCAUCUUAGUAACACUUAUUACACAUUAGCAUCAAUAUCGCAGCAUGAUUGGAAAAUCUAUAAAGAAAUGCGGUGCCAGGCCGCAAGCUAUGAGGUUGACACAAUCGAAGACCAGCUGCCUAAGCAAACGCUUGAACAGGGGUUGGACGUGCUAGAAAUUAUGCACAACAUUGAACAUUUUGUCAUUCACUACGUGUACAAUUUAAAUUUCCAGCUUUUCAUUGAACAGUCUAGCAGCGGAAAUUUUCUAAAUACUGUGAAUAUCGGUCAUAUAGCCAAUUCCCUUCGGAGGCACGGAAGUGGUAUUAUUAACACAACAGUAAACUACACGUUCCAGUUCUUAAGGCAAAAGUUUUUUGCUUUCUCCCAUUUUCUUUAUGAUGAACAAAUAAAAGCACGCCUCACAAGCGAUGCUAAAUAUUUCCUAGAAAAUGAAGAGGCCUUGAACCAAACAUACGACUACAGCAGAGCUCAUGCUUUCAAUAGGAAGAUUAAAAAUUUAGGACUUUCCGAUACCGGUGAAACUUACAUGGAUUUGUUUCGGAAACUCAUUUCUCACAUUGGCAAUGCAAUGGGUUAUGUCCGCAUGAUCCGUUCCGGGACACUGCACGAGUGUACAGAGGCCACAGUGUACCUGCCAGUUAUCGAUGGAGAGCUGAACUUUACCAAAUAUUCCAAAGAAGAUGGCCUUCACGAGGCAACCAUCAAUGCCGCCGAAAUUUUAGAGCAUGAUAUUAAUAAUUUGUGUCAGAACUAUCGGAGUGACACCAACUAUUUCCGGCUGUUAGUGAACGCAUUCUUAAGUAUGCGACACUCAGAAAAUAUUCAUCUUCAGAACUUUUAUAUGAUCAUUCCUCCGCUUACAAUCAAUUUUGUCGAGUAUAUCCUGAAAGCGAAGGAAAAAAUAACUAAAAAGGAUAAAGUCGGAGCGCUAUUUACCGACGAUGGAUUUGCUAUCGGUAUUGCCUAUAUUCUUAAACUGUUGGACCAGACGGCUAAGUUCAACUCGCUCCACUGGUUCCGUUCUGUGAAGAAUAAAUAUAAUGAAGAAAUCUUGAAAUUGGAAGCAGAACAACAGCAGUUCUUGAAGACGAAUAACAACGAAAAGCUGCUACAAACAUUCGCCUUAACCAGAAAGCGACUGAAAAUGGUACAACAAGAAUUCGAUCUUCUGUUUUGCAACAUGAGCAGUGCGAAGAUUUUCUUCAAUGACGCUGUGGAUUGAAAAUGAAGUAAAAAUGAGUUAAGUUGUAAGAUCAAGAUAACAAAGAACAAUGAUUUUAAAUUAAGACUCCUAACAGAAAUUUAUUUAAGGCAUUCAAUUGUUAGAGCAUGGACAUCGAACUUUUUUUUCUUAGUGCUGUUAAUAUGAUUUUUCACACACCUUCUGAUUUUAUACAUGUUUAUUUUUUAUACCAUUUUAAAUCAAAAUCCUAGAAUAUCAAUCUUUCG